AUGGGUGCUACAGGUGGUGGAGGAGUGGUGACCAAGUUCUACCAGCAUAUCCUAGCCUUGGUCUUUGCUAUUGAUGAGAUCAAUGACAAUUCCAAGAUUUUACCCAACAUUACUCUUGGGUUCCACAUCUAUGACAGCUACUCUGAUUCAAGGAUGACCUACCGUACCAUUUUGGACUUGCUCUUCACCAUACAAGGGUUCAUUCCAAAUUACACAUGUGGCAGCCAGAAAAAUGUAAUAGGAAUUAUUGGAGGAUUUGGCUCUGAUACAACCUCACGCAUGGCAGAUAUCUUACAUCUUUAUAAGAUUCCACAGCUUCAUUCAUUUCUUCAGAGGAUUUCAUUCAACAAUAGUGCAGGAGAUGAAAUCAUGUUCAAUGAACUUGGAGAACUGGCAGGUGGAUUUGAUAUUACAAACUUGGUCACUUUUUCUAAUCAUUCCUAUAUCAAGGUCCAAGUCGGAAGGCUGGAUCCUCACAAAGGAUUCACUAUUAAUAAGGACGACAUUGAAUGGGAGAGAGAUUUCACUCAGGUACCACCUCUUUCCUUGUGUAAUGAAAAGUGCCAUCCUGGCUACAGUAAGAAAAAGAAGGAGGGGGAGAAAUUUUGCUGCUAUGAUUGUGCUCCAUGUCCAGAUGGGAUGUUCUCAAACCAAGAGGAUACAGAAACGUGUUUCAGUUGUCCAGAGGAUCACUAUCCAAACAAAUUCCAGGAUCAAUGCAUUCCUAAAAUUCCAAACUUCCUCACUUUUGAAGAUACUUUGGCUAUCAUUGCAACUUUCUCAGCGCUUUUACUGUCUCUGAUCACAGUUCUAGUGCUAGGCAUCUUCCUGAAGCACCACGAUACUGCCAUUGUCAAAGCCAACAAUCGAAGUCUCACCUACCUUCUUCUCAUCUCCCUCCUCUUGUGUUUCUUCUGUUCCUUGCUUUUUAUUGGAAGGCCAAGCCAAACAACCUGUUUUCUUCGCCAAACCACGUUUGGCUUCAUCUUUUCUGUGUCCCUCUCUAGUAUAUUGGCAAAAACCAUUUCUGUGGUCUUAGCUUUCAUGGCUAUCAAGCCAGGAUCCAAGAUGAGGAAAUGGGUGGGGAAAAGACUAGCCUAUUCCAUUGUGUUCACUUGCUCCAAAUUUCAAGCAGGAAUCUGUGUUCUGUGGCUGGCAAUUUCCCCCCCAUUUCCUGAUGUGGACAUGCACUCAGUGACUGAGGAAGUAAUUGUUUUAUGUAAUGAAGGCUCAAUCACCAUGUUUUAUAGCAUUUUGAGCUACUUGGGCUUCCUGGCCAUUGUCAGUUUCACUGUGGCCUUCCUAGCCAGGAAGCUGCCAGACAGUUUUAAUGAAGCCAAGUUCAUCACUUUCAGCAUGCUGGUGUUCUGCAGUGUUUGGUUGUCAUUCAUCCCAACCUAUUUGAGCACCAAAGGAAAAUACAUGGUGGUUGUGGAGAUCUUCUCCAUCUUGGCCUCCAGUGCUGGAUUACUCAGUUGCAUCUUUUCCCCUAAAUGCUACAUUAUUGUGCUGAGGCCUCAGUUAAAUAACAGGGAGCAGCUGAUACGAAGAAAGCAAUAA